AUGAGGUGAGCAUGCAUUGGUGCUCGGCAGAUUUCGCAGGCUGCUGAACACACCAAAGGACCAGAUAAACACUUGGAUUAAAACGUGGAAUGGGGACCUUAUACUCCUGAAACCUUAUGAGACUGUGUUGCUUUUUAUAGUAUGGUUGCAGGAUUCUUCCACGGCCCUUGUGCUCCCAGCUUCCUGCCAGCAUUGACCCUCUGACCCUGUGUUAGACACAGCCGUGCUCAGAUCACAGGAUCUCUCAUCUGUAACCUAGGCCUGGCUCAUAAUCAAAUGAGUGUCUCUGAAUGGUUCCAGAGAGGAAGAGACCAGGAACGGGUAGCACACAGGACCUCGCCGCUGCUCUGUCUCACAUGCCGCUCCUCCGCCAUCCACCCUAAAGGAGGGCCUCCGCCUGACCGGAAUAGAAACCAUGUUUGGAGAUCUGGAGGUAAAGGGGUGAGGGUGGCAGUGUGAUGUGGCUAAGCAGAUAGGGUUUAUUCUAAAAGCAUUACUCCACCCUAUACUCCAGUGAGCAGUAACAGUGACCUCCCCUCUGGCAGCCAAGAUGCUCCGAGCGAACUGUCCUCCAGACCCACUGCACUUGGGGCCCGAUUCCGAUUUAGGAAAUUACGCAUUUCUUACACACGCCUUUCCUACGCACUUCUCAGUAGUUGGUAUUCAGACUUACCUUAUGAAGGUGUGUAACAGGCUUUGCAGGCGUGGUUCCCUUGCGCGCACUUGCUAGCCAACAGAUUUUGUCAUGGAAUUUUCAUUCAGGCUUUUCAGUACAUUUAUCUUAAGCGAUCCCUUUGAAGAUGGUGUACCCUUAAUCAGAAUUUUGUCGACAGACUCAAUAGAAUACACACUACACAAUACACAAUACACACUACACAAUACACAAAAGUAUGUGGACACCUGCUCAUCGAACAUCUCAUUCCAAAAUCAUGGGCAUUAAUAUGGAGUUGGUCCCCCCCUUUGCUGCUAUAACAUCCUCCACUCUUCUGGGAGACUUUCCACUAGAUGUUGGAACAUUGCUGCAGGGACUUGCUUCCAUUCAGCAACAAGAGCAUUAGUGAGGUCGGGCACUGAUGUUGGGCGAUUAGGCCUGGCUCGCAGUCGGCUUUCCAAUUAAUCCCAAAGGUGUUCGAUGGGGUUGAGGUCAGGGCUCUGUGCAGGCCAGUCAAGUUCUUCCACACUGAUCUCGACAAACCAUUUCUGUAUGGACCUUGCUUUGUGCAUGGGGGCAUUGUCACACUGAAACAGGAAUGGGCCUUCCACAAACUGUUGCCACAAAGUUGGAAGCACAGAAUCGUCUAGAAUGUCAUUGUAUGCUGUAGCAUGAAGAUUUCCCUUCACUGAAACUAAGGGGCCUAGCCCGAACCAUGAAAAACCGCCCCAGACCAUUAUUCCUCCUCCACCAAACUUUACAGUUGGUGCUAUGCAUUCGGGCAGGUAGCGUUCUCCUGGCAUCCACUAAACCCGGAUUCGUCCGUUGGACAGCCAGAUGGUGAAGCGUGAUUCAUCAGUCCAGAGAACGUGUUUCCACUGCUCCAGAGUCCAAUGGCGGCGAGCUUUACACCACUCAAGCCAACGCUUGGCAUUGCGCAUGGUGAUCUUGGGCUUGUGUGCGGCUGCUUGGCCAUGGAAACCCAUUUCAUGAAGCUCCCGACGAACAGUUCCUGUGCUGAUGUUGCUUCCAGAGGAAGUUUGGAACUCGGUAGUGAGUGUUUCAAUUGAGGACAGACGAUUAUUUUGUGCUAUGGACUUCAGCACUCAGCGGUCCCAUUCUGUGAGCUUGUGUGUGGCCUACCACUUCUCGGCUGAGCCGUUGUUGCUCUUAAAUGUUUCCACUUCACAAUAACAGCACUAACAGAUGACCGGGGCAGCUCUAGGAGGGCAGACAUUUUACGAACUGCCUUGUUGGAAAGGUGGUGGCAUCCUAUGACGGUGCCACGUUGAAAGUCACUGAGCUCUUCAGUACGCCCAUUCUACUGCCAAUGUUUGUCUAUGGAGAUCGCAUGGCUGUGUGCUCGAUUUUUUACACUUGUCAGCAACGGGUGUAGCUAAAAUAGCCGAAUCCACUAAUUUGAAGGGGUAUCCACAUACUUUUGGUGAUGUAGUGUAUCUAGAGAACAGUUUCAGAAUAUAUGGAUCAAUGAAAGAAUACCAUCUAUGCAUCUUCGUCUCCGUUUCAACACCAACUGGUAGCUAAAAUAAUACUCUGAUCUUGUAGAUUAUGUAGGCACAUUUUAGGGUUGGGAAAGUAUAUAUGAAUCAUACAAAAACAGGUUUGGAGAGGCUUUACGCACAAAAUAUAUUGAUGAAUAAAAAAUACAGUGGUUUGAUUCAUCCUGAAAGUUGUCAUAUUCAAGUUCAAUCCAUGAAAUAUUGGAAGAUGUUUUUACAAUAGGGGUUGAACAAUAGUCCUAUAAAUCUACCCUAAUUCUCACUAAUCAUGGAACUGUAUGACAACGGUCCUGUCGUCGUGAACCAUGCACCAGGCUCCAGGUUUAACCUGCUACGUGUAGUUCCAUAAGGAUUCAAAUAAGCUACAUGUCCUAAAUUAUUGCACAACGUUAGCCUAAUAUGAUCCACUAAUGCUAGCGACCCUCAGGAACAACUUACACGGAUGUGACAGAGGAAAGAAAGGGAAACGAAAUGAAAUGGAAUGAUGCAAAUUGAAGAGAACGAACACUAAAGUGACAGUUAUACAUUUAUGUGGGUAUUACUGACGGUGUCACCCGAUAGUGGCUAAUAUUUAACAUGAUACAAAUUGUAAAAUAAAAAGGAAGAAAAGCCCGGGCAUAGGUUAUAAUUAAAACAUUCUAAAGUGCAUACAUCAACUUGGCAGGUUCAGCCCUAUAGACUGGGUUUCCAAAUCUCAUGCACGCAAAUUUGAGGGCACACAAUUCAUAUUCUGAAUAACGGCACAGCUAUUUAUAGCCUAUUUCACUGUGGAAAAGGGGCCACAAUACAUGUCAUGUUGAUAUGAUUUUCAGUUUACUGUUUUCACAUUCGUCUCCAGGGAUUAUAAGGAAAAAUAAUCAAUCGCUAUGUGUAUUUACAAUCCCCUUCUCAAAACGGAUUACUCAUUUACCUAGCUCUUAUCAGUUCUUAUCCGUUAAUAAAUUACAGUGCAUGGAGAAUGCUGUUAUUUCUAUUGGAAAAAAUAAAGUAGAUGUCACGCCCUGGCUCUGGGACUCUUAUAUGUUGAGCCAGGGUGGGUAGAUUCUAUGUGUUUGUGUUUCUAUGUUAGGAUCUAGUUCAUGUGUAUCUAUGUUGGCCGGGGUGGUUCUCAAUCAGAGGCAACGAGAAUCAGCUGUUGCUUGUUGUCUCUGAUUGGGAACCAUACUUAGGCAGCCUGUUUGGCACAGUGUAUUGUGGGAUCUUGUUCCGUGUUGGUUUGUUUGUUAACCGAGGACUUCACGUUUCGUGUUGUUGUUUUGUUAGUUGUGUAAGUACUCUAAUAAAAGAUGUACGCAUUCCAUGCUGCGCCUUGGUCUACUCCUUUUGACGAUCGUGACAGUAGAUGCUUAUUCCACUUGGAACCGGCAGGUUUGCUCGAGCUUAUUCAUGGUUUCCUCGAGUGUAAAGGUGGUGAAAUUAUGAGGGAAUUAGGUCAAGGUCAGAAUACACCUCUGCCACACCCUCAUUUCUUAGAUAACACCCUGAACGAAUAUGCAUGCUUAACUUGGGCCUGAUGAGCACUCUGCUGAGGGCCCCCCCCCCUCUCUCUCUCUGCUCAUGGUGUUGUUGGAAUCAGAAUGUUUAUUUUCACUCUCACAAUGUGUGCAUGUUUUGUGAGGUUUGUUGUCAUAGAGGCUUGUGCCCCUAGCAUGCAAGUUACAUAACAUUGCCCACUUCAUACUGUAAGAUGUAGCUCAGCUCCUGGAGAAGAAGAACUGUCUGUCAUAGUGAGAAGAGGAUUUACAUGAUGAGUGAAACAGCAGAAUACUAGCUGAAUUAAAUCAUUCCUACAUUUUGCAACGUUAAUUAGUUUAUACUACUGACUCCCUGCAAACACACACACGUAACAAUAAGCUUCUACAAUAAAAUUAUUCUUCUUUCGUACAGUACCCAAAUCAGUGUGUGAUGUUCCAAAAAACAUUCCUUACUCCAGAAUACUUCAACUGGUGACUAUCCUUUCGAUAAAGAAAAAGGAGCACUCUGUUGCCGGGUAAAUCUGAUUAGAUGUAUUGACGGGACAAGUAAACAAAGGGCUUACGUUUCGGCAUGAGUCGCCUUCAUCAGAGCCUGUGUGAUGUUAUUUCACUCUGGGAAAAUAUGUUUGUUACCGUUUACAUGCAUGUUGUAAAUACUGUGAUGUGAGUGUGAUUGAAUGGAGCCCCAUGCCAUCACAUUGGACCGAUUUUAAACCUAACAUCGUAAGAACAUCCCUCGUCAUCUAACGCCAGCUCUAGCUCCUCUGCCAACUUGCUGUAGUGUUUUGAGUUGAGUAACCUUUACUGUUUCCAUGGAAACUAGGAACCUGAGGCUCUGAAUAUCAGACAUAAAGACACAUGAGCAUCCUAUAUUAGCAACUCAUUUCAGCAUUUCAAAUAAAUGUAAGGGUCAACUAUCCUAAUGUUUUUUCAGUGAAAAGGAUCAUUCAAGAAGCAACAAGUCUUUACAACACCAUCCCUGGACAUGUUACAUGUCCUUUUGGACAACACCCUCCCUGGUUAUGUUACAUGUCCUUUUGGACAACAGCCUCCCUGGAUAUGUUACAUGUCCUUUUGGACAACACCGUCCCUGGAUAUGUUACAUGUCCUUUUGGACAACACCGUCCCUGGAUAUGUUACAUGUCCUUUUGGACAACACCAUCUCUGGACCUUAUGGAACAGCGGGGACUGUGAAGAGACACACACUAAGGUACAGACACAUGCAUACGCACACAUUAUAUUGUUGUAUGGUGUUAUUAUACAUUUUGGACUGUAGAUAAGUAGUGGUGUAAUAAUGUUAUAUGAUGUACUGUUUUAUAUUUUGUUUUAUAUGUAAUGUAAGCGCUUUAAUGUGUUUGGACCCCAGGAAGAGUAGCUGCUGCCUUGGCAGGAACUAAUGGGGAUCCAGAAUAAAUACAAAUACAAAUCCCUGGACAUGUUACAAGUCCUUUUGGACAACACCAUCCCUGGAGAUGUUACAUGUCGUUUUUAACAAACUCCUUCAAAGUGAUAUUUAGCAACUCUGAAUUUUCAUUAGUAAAAAGAGGAAAUCUAAAGGUAAUUGGUGACACUGGUGAAUCACGGUACAUUGAUAGCUGAAUAAAAGGUAAAAGGUUUUAGUCAUUUCUUCAGUUUUUAAUAAUUCAUUUCUCCAGAUUUCUCUCAUUAUUAUGCGUCAUGCUCUGUUGUCUUGCCCAUUCACCCUCUGAAUGGCACACAUACACGAUCCAUGUCUCAAUUGUCUCAAGGCUUAAAACUCCUUCUUUAACCUGUCUCCUCCCCUUCAUCUACACUUAUUGAAGUGGAUUUAACAAGUGAUAUCAAUAAGGGAUCAUAGCUUUCACCUGGUCAGUCUAUGUCAUGGAAAGAGCAGGUGUUCAUAAUGUUUUGUACACUCAGUGUAUCUAGAAAGGAAUUCUUAGGCAAUCUACAGAAUGUCUGAGUCACUCUAAAAAAUGACUAUGUCCCUGGUACAUAAGGUUUCAUUUAAAGUUUUAAUGAUGUUACGCUAAAUAAAUCAAUGGCUUCCAUAUGGGAUUCAGUAAUGUUGCAAAGCCAGGAGACUGGCUACAUCUGUGCAUUAGCUGCUUUCAGAGAUGUGGUGAACAUGCAAAAUACAAUAGAAUGUAAAUAAAUAUAGAGGGUUGAAUAAAAGAUAAUCAUCAUAUCGACUUAUAUUCAAGACAUGAAAAACAACACAAUAGAGCCAUAUCCCCAGAAAAUACUGAUGGUGUCAUUGACAUUUAGCUCAGAGAUCAUUUUUUAACAGCGGUGUCCCACUCUAUGGGAAAAGGCCAAGAGCGGCAGGGCUACCUCACAUCAUGUGAGAUCAUUGUCUAUCUAAUCCAUUUGCAGCAAUUAUCAGAAUUAAGGUUACAUUGCGACAAGCCGCGCUUACAAUUUAAACACUGCUUAAGGUCUGAUCUGACUCGUGGAAAUGUGUGGGACUACAAGCCAGAGUUUCAGGAGAAGGGUGGUGUGGUCAGUUCAUUCAGGCCUGGUUUGAGUGGGCUGCUGGGGAACCAGUAUGUGUCAGCCUCACACCUCAGCCCCACUCAUGUUCCAGUGCAGGCAGAUUAAAUGUGUACUGUACAGUUGGCGGAAGGUGAGACUGGGCUUCAAGGGAAAGUCAUUGUCAUUUCAGACUGUGCUGUUUCUUCUCAUGAAAACAGUGAGAAUGUGCACCACAAGUAAACAGGGCAUCACUAUGUACAUUUCAGGGACCAGGAGGGCUGUUCUUAGCCAACAAAGGUUACAGCUAUUGUGUUGUAAUGUCUAAACCCACUGAUAGUUUAUACAUAUUACACACAAGUUGACAACCUGACUAGAAUAAUCGUAAUUUAGAAAUUAUUUUAUAUUAUAAACUGGGUGGUUCGAGCCCUGAAUGCUGAUUGGCUGACAGCCGUGGUAUAUACCAUGGUUAUGACAUAAUAUUUAUUUUUACUGCUCUAAUUAUGUUGGUAACCAGUUUAUGUUUGCAACGCCAGGGUUGUGGGUUCGAUUCCCACGGGGGGCCAGUAUGAAAAAUAAUAAUAAUGUAUGCACUCACUAACUGUAAGUCGCUCUGGAUAAGAGCGUCUGCUAAAUGACUCAAAUGUAAAUGUAUAAUAGCAAGGCCAUAUACCACACCCCCUCGGGCCCCAAGCCAUAUACCACACCCCCUCGGGCCCCAAGCCAUAUACCACACCCCCUCGGGCCCCAAGCCAUAUACCACACCCCCUCGGGCCCCAAGCCAUAUACCACACCCCCUCGGGCCCCAAGCCAUAUACCACACCCCCUCGGGCCCCAAGCCAUAUACCACACCCCCUCGGGCCUUAUUACUUAAAUAAACCAUGUUACAUACUAAAUACAGAUGCAGUAUGUACAGUAUUUUGCAUUUCUUUACAGGAUCUUAUAGAAUAAAUAGAAUGUGGAAAGUUCUAUCUGUGUCAGUAUUCUAUAACUUCAUGUUCUUAUGCUUUGUGGGGGGGGGGGGUCAACUAAGACAAGUAUUCAAGAGAGUUCAAGAGGACAGCACCGCCCACUUCUCCCUGAUCACACAGAACCAAGGCAUCCUAUAAAUAACAUCUAAUGUCAAUGAUAUGUAGGCCACAUUAUCUAAGGAUUUAAGACUUUUAUCUCAGUGUGAAACUGCGAUUGAUCUUCAAAACACAUAUGGGGUGCGAGGUUGUUCAGAGUGCAGAAGAAGAAAGAAUCACUACAGGCUACACAAAACAGUCCCAAAAACAAAAAGCAUACACACACACACACAUGCUGUGUACAUGUUACUGUAUACGGAAACACUAAAGAUAUUUACAGUUGGUCUAUUCCUGCCGUUAUACGAGGAAUCAUUGAAGUUAAACCACAACUUGUUUUGCCCUGAGCCGUGUCACUUGCCUUGUGUUUUCCCCCUGCAGUGCAUGGUGCACACAGGAAGUAUCGCAGCACAAGAGUCCCCGUCACAGUUUCCACACUCUUCAGAAAACCACGGGGGGCUCCAUUUGUCAGCCAACCACACCAAUAACAGGAUGACAGGGUCUCAAAAUACAGCAUUUAACAAAAAGCUCUCUUAUUCGACACCCUUUGAGAUAUAUUUACAGAACUGCUUUGAUCAUGUACUUGGAAUGUGUUUCUGAAUACUGUGGCAUAUGGGUAGUAGAGGCCCUGCAGUCAUGCACAGCACACAAACACACACACACACACACACAAACACACACACACAAACACACACAAACACACACAAACACACACGCACACACAAACACACACACACACACACACAAACACACACGCCCAUGCCUGUAUUUCCACUUUGUCUAUUCUGAUGACAUCUGUCUAGAUCUUAAAAAAUAUGAACUAUUGCCAUAUUACAAACGACUGAAGUAUUUCCUGCUUUUUUCAAGCUUUAUUUCUCAGCUUCGAUGUGAAUUCUUCGUGUCAUGUCAAGUGAUUGUUAAAGUAAGUUUGAGUAAAGUUUUUUCUCAGAGCCAGAGGAAGGGAGAGAAGCUGCCUGUGUUUCUAUAACAGGAGAUGGGGGGGGGGGUUGAGGAAUAUAAGAACAUUCAAACUAAACAGACAAGCCUAGGAGCUGGGCAAGUUGAACUGUCUGCAUGCCAGGAAUUACUGGACCAAAUGCUACCUAGAGUGACAGCACACACGUACACACACACACACACACACACACACACACACACACAUACACAAACACACAUAUACACAAACACACACACACACAUACACAAACACACACACACACAUACACAAACACACACUACAUUCUUUCACCCUCCGAGUCUCCUUUUCUUUCACCUCUCUUUGUUUGAGUUCUGAGGAGAGAGAUUCGUAUACACAUAUAUAUAUAUAUAUAUAGACCCAGUGACCGACACAGAGCUGGCCCUCAGUAGUAAAGCCUAUUAUAACUGACAUAUAUAUAUAUAUAUAUAUAUAUAUAUAUAUAUAUAUAUAUAUAGACCCAGUGACCGACACAGAGCUGGCCCUCAGUAGUAAAGCCUAUUAUAACUGACAUAUAUAUAUAUAUAUAUAUAUAUAUAUAUAUAUAUAUAUAUAUAUAUAUAUAUAUAUAUAUAUAUAUAUAUAUAGACCCAGUGACCGACACAGAGCUGGCCCUCAGUAGUAAAGCCUAUUAUAACUGACAUAUAUAUAUAUAUAGACCCAGUGACCGACACAGAGCUGGCCCUCAGUAGUAAAGCCUAUUAUAACUGACAUAUAUAUAUAUAUAUAUAUAUAGACCCAGUGACCGACACAGAGCUGGCCCUCAGUAGUAAAGCCUAUUAUAACUGACAUAUAUAUAUAUAUAUAUAUAUAUAUAUAUAUAUAGACCCAGUGACCGACACAGAGCUGGCCCUCAGUAGUAAAGCCUAUUAUAACUGACAUAUAUAUAUAUAUAUAUAGACCCAGUGACCGACACAGAGCUGGCCCUCAGUAGUAAAGCCUAUUAUAACUGACAUAUAUAUAUAUAUAUAUAUAUAUAUAUAUAUAUAUAUAUAUAUAUAUAUAUAUAUAUAUAGACCCAGUGACCGACACAGAGCUGGCCCUCAGUAGUAAAGCCUAUUAUAACUGACAUAUAUAGGAAAAUAGAGGAAAAGGGAAUAAAGGAGUGGCUGAAAAUAGAAAGAUUGAUGUCCUUUGACCUCUGAAAGGGGGUCUGUCCUUUGACCUCUGAAAGGGGGUCUGUGAAACAGCCAAUUGUAGCUGGGAACUGAUGGUCUAUUGUUGACUCCCUCACCACUUCUGUGGGCUCAUUAGUCCUCUGUAGCUCAGCUGGUAGAGCACGGCGCUUGUAACGCCAAGGUAGUGGGUUCGAUCCCCGGGACCACCCAUACACAAAAAUGUAUGCACGCAUGACUGUAAGUCGCUUUGGAUAAAAGCGUCUGCUAAAUGGCAUAUUAUUAUUAUUAUUAGCCUUCUAUUGCUGACUCCCUCACCACUUCUGUGGGCUCAUUAGCCUUCUAUUGCUGACUCCCUCACCACUUCUGUGGGCUCAUUAGCCUUCUAUUGUUGACUCCCUCACCACUUCUGUGGGCUCAUUAGCCUUCUAUUGUUGACUCCCUCACCACUUCUGUGGGCUCAUUAGCCUUCUAUUGUUGACUCCCUCACCACUUCUGUGGGCUCAUUAGCCUUCUAUUGUUGACUCCCUCACCACUUCUGUGGGCUCAUUAGCCUUCUAUUGUUGACUCCCUCACCACUUCUGUGGGCUCAUUAGCCUUCUAUUGUUGACUCCCUCACCACUUCUGUGGGCUCAUUAGCCUUCUAUUGUUGACUCCCUCACCACUUCUGUGGGCUCAUUAGCCUUCUAUUGUUGACUCCCUCACCACUUCUGUGGGCUCAUUAGCCUGCCUCUGAUGUGGAACAAUCCCUGGGCUCUCAACUGGGCCUGACACACAUGAGAACUGUAAAACUCAGAUAACUGAGUGAUCACCAACUUAUUAACAAACCUUACAGCUAUUCUAGUCGGAGCACAGACAUCCUUUGAUACAAUGGCAUAGCUACGAAUAAUAACACCACACUUUAUUGCAAAUGAAAUAGGAUACAGGUAAAUAUGAAGGGGAGUAUGCAAAUUCUCCUACAAUAUAAAUAGAAAUCAAUGAGAUCAUGUGACAGCACGCUGGCCUCAUAAUAAAUAAAUAACUAUGUGAGGUAGUAGAACUGAGUAGCAGGCUAGUUUACAUCUAGAUUCAGAGUAGUGUUAUGCUGACCAUCAAUCAGUCCUGGCCUGGAACUGCUGUACAGUAGAGAGCCCUGACUGACCGCAUGCCAAUGGCUAACAUACUGAUAUUCAGUAAGCCAUUGUCUGUGUGAGGACCCACGGGCAUCUCAUCUACACUAUGGCCCUCUUGGACGAGCUCCAGAACGCUGUCCCUCUCUAGCAAAUGACAUGGUCUUUACUAGGCCUGUUUGAUGACAAACAAUGUGGCGUUAUUUCCUUCUAUCCAGUCAGACAUCCCCUGAAUAGGACCAGUGAUAAUCAGGAGUGAUAAUCAGGAGUGAUAAUCAGGCUCCAUUUGUCACAAGGCUAUUCUGAUCUUAACUUUGUGAAUAAUCUGUGAAAUUUACAUUUUGACUUGAGUUCCCUCUGUGUGUUCUUUGCUAGCAAUAGAUAAAUCGUUGACAACUCAGUAUAAAUAAAUAAAGAACACAAGACCUACAAUUGUACAUCCAAGGGCAUGUUGGUCCAUAAUUACUCAAAUCAACAGAAAGCUCAAAUUGAUCAUCUGAUUCCCUUACAGCUCAGCAACCACUCCUUCUAGUCCAAUACGUGGCUGUUUGUUUCCUGGAAUAGUCUAAUUUCACAAAGACUACAAGAGUUGGGAGAUUACAUCUGUUGAGAAAUAUAACACUCAAGAGAUGUGUAAUCUGAAAGCUCAGUUGUGGGUGAAAGAAUGAAUGGAAAAAGGCUGUACUCAUAUAUUUGACUCUGGUUUGGUAUUCCGCUGUGACAUCACGGAGAGCAGGAAACAUCAUAACUUCCUGUUUUGUGAACUCUGGUACAGUGUCGUCUGAAAAAGAGGCAUGUAAAACGUUAAGAUGAUAUGUGAUGCAAAUGAUCUCACAUGGAACCCCUACCCUCCUGCCCCAUUAGACUGUACUUUGUGUCUCCUUUCAUUGUCAUGUCUAUUUUCUUUGUAACAAUGCUCAAUAAUGAGCAACAAUGUGUAAUGUUUGCAAUUAUCCUUAAUGAUCAUCCAUUGAGAAGGGAACUUAUUUAUGAGGGCUUAUUUACGAUGGGUUCAAAAUAGAUUUCCAUUAAGAAAAAUACCCUGAACAUACCACGUGGAUACCUCGGAGACCGGUUAGGCUCCCUCACUAUGGCAACCAUUUGAAGUGAUUAUAUAAUAUAGGCCUGUGUUCAUUACUUGCACAGUGAAUCUACCUCAGUGCAUUUUUAAUGAGGAUGGUUUCAUAGCUGCCAACAUGGUGACAUCCUGUAGCUAAGCUAAUGCAAACACACUAGACACUAGACUAGUCUGACUGAUGUUCAUGUAUUUUAGGUAGAACUGCAGAAGAUGGAGAAUAUGCAGAGCCGAGAGUGAGCCUGCAGCAGGGAGAAGUCCUGUCAGGGAGGGAAGCUCUCCUCUCUCUUAUCUGCUGCACUGUGUGGGUCGUUGCCAUGGGGACACAAUGAUGCUGAGGAGAGGGAGGGAAGGGGUUACACAGUUUUGCAGAUGGUAUCACAGGUGCAGCGAAACGCUUAUGUUUCUAGCUCCAACAGUGCAGUAAUAUCUAGCAAUACAAUGUAUUGACAUGUCCGGAAUAUAAGUAUAUAUAUACACUACCAGUCAAAAGUUUGGACACACCUACUCAUUCAAGGGUUUUUCUUUAUUUUUACUAUUUUCUACAUUGUAGCACUUUGUGGUUUUUGCGACUGCACUUGAAGUUCCGUAUUGACUGACCUUCAUGUCUUAAAGUAAUGAUGGACUGUCGCUUCUCUUUGCUUAUUUGAGCUGUUCUUGACAUAAUAUGGACUUGGUCUUAUACCAAGUAGGGCUAUCUUCAGUAUACCCCCCAUAACUUUUCGCAACAAAACUGAUUGGCUCAAACGCAUUAAGAAGGAAAUAAAUUCCACAAUUAACUUUUAAGAAGGCACACCUGUUAAUUGAAAUGCAUUCCAGGUGACUACCUCAUGAAGCUGGUUGAGAGAAUGCCAAGAGUGUGCAAAGCUGUCAUCAAGGCAAAGGGUGACUAUUUGAAGAAUCUCAAAUCUCAAAUAUAUUUUGAUUUGUUUAACACUUUUUUGGUUACUACAUGAUUCCAUAUCUGUUAUUUCAUAGUUUUAAUAUCUUAACUAUUAUUAUACAAUUUUAAAAAUAGUAAAAAUAAAGAAAAACCCUUGAAUGAGUAGGUGUUUCUAUGCUUCCCAUUCUUAACUUUUGGUUUUGUACACCAGCUUCAAACAGCGGAAAAUACCAUAUUUUUGGUUUUGGAAAAUAUAUUCCACAGCGGUUUAGAUGGUACAAUGAUUCUCUACACUAUACUUGCUUGUUUUGUCACAUAAACUGAAAUUAGGCAAACUAUUAGAAUUUUAGCAACCAGGAAAUGGCAGAGCGAUUUCUGCAUAGUGCAUUUUUGUUGUUGUAGUGGGGACAGUAACAUUAGAACUUUCAAAAAAUUAUACUUUAAGGAAAAUGUUUUUUGUUAUAUAUAUAAAAAAUAUAUACACUGUAUAUAUAUGUUUAGCUCACAUAAUAUAAUAAGAAAGUAUGCAUUAGGGUGUCUGUAAUAAAAUAAACGUGGCAAAAACAAAUGUAGACUUCAAUAAAUGCAUUUCUAUAGCUUCCAAAAUCUUUUUUUACAACGGUGGGGGAGUGCCAAGAUGGAGGCGCAGUGGCUUCAAAACAGCGCCACCGUCAAUCAUCUAGUGCAGUGUUUCCCAACCCUGGUCCUCGAGUACCCUCAACAGUACACAGUUUCGUUGUAGCCCUUGACAAACACACCUCAUUCAACCCAUUCAUGGCCUGAUGAUUAGUUGAAAAGUUGAAUCAGGUGUGCUUGUCCCGGGUUACAAUAAAAAUUUGUACUGUUGGAGAUACACGAGGACCAGGGUUGGGAAACACUGAUAUAGACAGUAUGGACAGUACCUGAAUAGAAAAGGUGUGUACAGGAGUAGUUAUAUAGGAUGAGCCAUGAAUAGAAUACAGUACAUAUAUAUAAAGCGGGUAAAACAGUAUGUUAAAACAUUAUUAAAGUGACCAGUGUGCAAUGACUCAAUGUACUGUACAUAGGGAAGCAGUCUCUAAGGUGCAGGGUAGAGUACCGGGUGGUAGCCGUGACAAUGUCUAAGGUUCAGGACAGGGUACUGGGGGUACAGUGUACAGAGUACCAGGCCUGGAGAUAGAAGCUGUUUAAAUGAACAGACUCUCGGUCCCAGCUUUGAUGCACCUGUGCUGUCGUCACCUUCUAGAUGGUGAACAGGCCUUGGCUCAGGUGGCUGAGGUCCUUGAUGAUCUUCUUGGCCUUUCUGUGACACAGAGUGCUGUAGAUGUCCUGGAGGGCACUUAAUAGAUGAUUACUGUUCAGAAGACUAUCAGAAACCUAUUCCAUUGCCAAAAAUACAGUACAUUUACUCACAUACAGUGCAUCGGAAAGUGAUCAGACCCCUUGACUUUUUCUACAUUUUGUUACGUUACAGCCUUAUUCUAAAAUUGAUUACAUUUUUAAAAAUCCUCAUCAAUCUACACACAAUACCCCAUAAUGACAAAGUGAAAACAGGUUUGUAGAAUUUUUUGCAAAUGAAAAAACAGAAAUACCUUAUUUACAUAAGUAUUCAGACCCUUUGCUAUGCAACUUGAAAUUGGGCUCAGGUGCAUCCUUUUUCUGGAAGACUAGUCAGGAUCGAGGGGAAAGAUGAAUGGAGCAAAGUACAGAGAGAUCCUUGAUGAAAACCUGCUCCAGAGCGCUCAGGACCUCAGACUGGGAUGAAGGUUCAUUUUCCAUCAGGACCUUAAGCACACAGCCAAGACAACACAGGAGUGGCUUUGGGACAAGUCUCUGAAUGUCCUUGAGUGGCCCAGCCAGAGCCCGGACUUGAGUCCGAUCGAACAUCUCUGGAGAGACCUGAAAAUAGCUGUGUAGCGACGCUCCCCAUCCAACCUGACAGAGCUUGAGAGGAUCUGCAAAAAAGAAUGGGAGAAACUCCUCAAAUACAGGUGUGCCAAGUUGUAGUGUCAUACCCAAGAAGUCUUGAGGCUGUAAUCGCUGCCAAAGGUGUUUCAACAAAGUACUGAGUAAAGGGUCUGAAUACUUAUGCAAAAAAUAUAUAUAUUAUACAUAAAAAAACCUGUUUGUGCUUUGUCAUUAUGGGUUAUUGUGUGUAGAUUGAUGAGAGGGAAAACAAUUUAAUCCAUAUUAGAAUAAGGCUGUAAUGUAACAAAAUAUGGAAGAAGUCAAGGGGUCUGAAUACUUUCCGAAUGCACUGUAUGUAUUUGCUUUCUCCACAACAGAGAAAAUUCUAUCACUGAGAAAACACAAGUUAUGAGGUGGUAAUAGUACCUGUGAUAACUGUUGUAAGAACAUUAGUUGUUGGUGCUGUAAGCAACAGUCGGCUAUCACAUCAUAUGUUUCCCAAGCCACUACAAUAUAAUUUCACAAAAUGAUUGUCAUCAUUAUCACAUUGCUAGUCGCAUAUAAGAUUGUUGUAAUUAUUUAAACGACUGUUCAAUUGACUUGACAGUUGAGUUUUGUUAUUGAAAAUAGAAAAGAGAAAGCAGGCCAUAAUGGCUGGCAGGCUGGAUAGACUAAUGGCUGGCAGGCUGGAUAGACUAAUGGCUGGCAGGCUGGAUAGACUAACGGCAGGCAGGCUGGAUAGACUAAUGGCUGGCAGGCUGGAUAGACUAAUGGCUGGCAGGCUGGAUAGACUAAUGGCUGGCAGGCUGGAUAGACUAAUGGCAGGCAGGCUGGAUAGACUAAUGGCAGGCAGGCUGGAUAGACUAAUGGCUGGCAGGCUGGAUAGACUAAUGGCUGGCAGGCUGGAUAGACUAAUGGCUGGCAGGCUGGAUAGACUAAUGGCUGGCAGGCUGGAUAGACUAAUGGCUGGCAGGCUGGAUAGACUAAUGGCAGGCAGGCUGGAUAGACUAAUGGCUGGCAGGCUGGAUAGACUAAUGGCUGGCAGGCUGGAUAGACUAAUGGCUGGCAGGCUGGAUAGACUAAUGGCAGGCAGGCUGGAUAGACUAACGGCAGGCAGGCUGGAUAGACUAAUGGCUGGCAGGCUGGAUAGACUAAUGGCUGGCAGGCUGGAUAGACUAAUGCUUGAGAGUGAAUCCCUGGACUGGACCUGAGUCAGAAAGUAGGACAGAUGACAUAACAACCUUUGGGUUAGGGUUAUUGUGCACAGCGCAUUUGGGUGGAAGUGUCUAGGAACGAGAUUAGUCACAUAGCAGCCUACUGUAGGCCCCCUCAUACUGCAGAAACACUGACCAAUUAGUCCAGCAGAUAUACCCAAACAUACCCAAGAUGGUGCACUUUAUGAUAAAAGUAUCAAACUUGGUACACUAUUCCUAGAUACUUUAAGGAACAUUUUAAAGAUUAGAGGCAGUCUGGGAAGCCUGUCAGUCAACCAGGGUGGCCAUUUUAAUAAAAUGGCUACCAUUCGGAUUUUCUUAGAAGAAACUAGGGUAAAAUAAUUCCAAACAAUAUCAAAAUGACUGGGGGUACAUAUUGAGGUCAUUUUGACGAUAGUCCAGCUACUAAAAUAAAAAUUGGCAUGUCUAAAUAAAGUAUUUUUGGUUGUAGUGCCAUCACAGAUUUUGUCCAUUACCCCCCUGGCGGCCAUUUCCAAUUUGGCCGCCAACCAGCUGCAUGGGGCCAUAUUGGACACCAUUCACAUGGCCAUAUCUGUCACGAUCGUCUACCAAUGAGGAAGCGGACCAAAGCGCAGCGUUGCGAGUGAACAUAAUUUAUUAAUAAACGUACUCACGAAAACAAAACAAAAGACGAUACGUGAAGUUCUCAAGUUACAAAUCACUGACAUACGGAAACAUGUAACCAAGAAACAAAAACCCACAAACCCCACAGGAAAACAUACAGAAUAAAUAUGGCUCCCAAUCAGAGAUAACGAGCCGAACAGCUGACACUCGUUACCUCCGAUUGGGAGUCAUUGAACAAACCUAGAAAAACAACAACCUAGACACCCAACCUAGAACAUAAACACAUAGACUGCACACACCCUGGAUAAACAAUAAUGAGUCCCAGCACCAGGGUGUGACAGUACCCCCCCCUAAAGGCGCGGACUGCGACCGCGCCUCAAAACCCCCAAACAGGGGAGGGCUGGGCGGGCAUACCUCCUCGGUGGCGGUUCUGGCUCCGGCCUAGACCACCACCCCACCAUAGUCACUUCCCGCUUAUGUAGCCUCCUCCAAAUGACCCCCACCGGUUUAAGGGGCAGCACCUGACUAAGGGGCAGUACCGGACUAAGGGGCAGUACCGGACUAAGGGGCAGUACCAGGCUGAAUGGCGAAUCCUGGCUGGUCGGCUCUGGCGGAUCCCGGCUGGACGGCUCUGGCGGAUCCCGGCUGGACGGCUCUGGCGGAUCCCGGCUGGACGGCUCUGGCGGAUCCCGGCUGGACGGCUCUGGCGGAUCCCGGCUGGACGGCUCUGGCGGAUCCCGGCUGGACGGCUCUGGCGGAUCCCGGCUGGACGGCUCUGGCGGAUCCCGGCUGGACGGCUCUGGCGGAUCCCGGCUGGACGGCUCUGGCGGAUCCCGGCUGGCGGAAGGCUCUGGCUGAUCCUGUCUGGCGGAAGGCUCUGGCUGAUCCUGUCUGGCGGAAGGCUCUGGCUGCUCCUGUCUGGCGGAGAGCUCUAGCGGCUCCGGUCUGGCGGACGGCUCUGUAGGCUCAUGGCAGACGGGCGGCUUUGCAGGCUCAUGGCAGACGGGCAGCUCCUGCGGCGCUUGGCAGACGGACAGUUCAGACGGCGUUGGGCAGACGGGCAGUUCAGGCGCCGUUGGGCAGACGGGCAGUUCAGACGGCGUUGGGCAGACGGGCAGUUCAGACGGCGUUGGGCAGACGGACAGUUCAGGCCCCGUUGGGCAGACGGCAGACUCUGGCCGUCUGAGGCGCAUCGUAGGCCUGGUGCGUGGUGCCGGAACUGGUGGUCCCGGGCUGAGGACACGCAUCUCAGGGCUAGUGCGGGGAGCAGCAACAGGACGCACAGGACUCUGGGAACACACAGGAGGCUCGGUGCGUGGUGUAGGCACUGGUGGUACUGGGCUGGAGCGGGGAGGUGGCGCCGGAAAUACCGGACCGUGCAGGCGUACUGGCUCCCUUGAGCACUGAGCCUGCCCAACCCUACCUGGUUGUAUGCUCCCCGUCGCCCGACCAGUACGGGAAGGAGGAAUAACCCGCACCGGGCUAUGUGGGCGAACCGGGGGAAACCAUACGUAGGGCUGGUGCCAUGUAAGCCGGCCCGAGGAGACGCAUUGGUGGCCUGCUGCGUGGGGCCGGCCUCAUGACAUCCGGCUCAACACUCAAUCUAGCCCGGCCGAUACGAGGAGCUGGAAUGUACCGCACCGGGCUAUGCCUGCGUACAGGAGACACCAUGCGCUCUACUGCGUAACAUGGUGUCUGCCCGUACUCCCGCUCUCCACGGUCAGUCCAGGGAGUAGGCGCAGGUCUCCUACCUGCCUUCGCCACACUCCCUUUUAGCCCCCCCCCAAGAAAUUUUUGGGGAGUAACCACGGGCUUCCAGCCUCGACUCCGCGCUGCCUCCUCAUACCACCUCCUCUCGGCUGCAGCUGCCUCCAGCUCUUCACGAGGGCGGUGGUACUCCUCUGGUUGUGCCCAAGGACCCUUUCCAGCCCGUAUCUCCUCCCAUGUCCAAAAGUCCUUAGGAGGCUCCCAUAAAUCCUGCGUAGGUAGGUCCUGUUGCCGCUUGUUACGCCGCUUGGUCCUCUUGUGGUGGGUUUUUCUGUCACGAUCGUCUACCAAUGAGGAAGCGGACCAAAGCGCAGCGUUGCGAGUGAACAUAAUUUAUUAAUAAACGUACUCACGAAAACAAAACAAAAGACGAUACGUGAAGUUCUCAAGUUACAAAUCACUGACAUACGGAAACAUGUAACCAAGAAACAAAAACCCACAAACCCCACAGGAAAACAUACAGAAUAAAUAUGGCUCCCAAUCAGAGAUAACGAGCCGAACAGCUGACACUCGUUACCUCCGAUUGGGAGUCAUUGAACAAACCUAGAAAAACAACAACCUAGACACCCAACCUAGAACAUAAACACAUAGACUGCACACACCCUGGAUAAACAAUAAUGAGUCCCAGCACCAGGGUGUGACAAUAUCUAUAUAAAUAAUUGGUACAUACUGCCCAAUGAUGGCUUAAAAUGCUUGAGGGGGUAUGGAAAAAACUAUAAAAUGGCCAAAAUAUGCCAUAUAUACAUAUCCUAUAAAAUGUUAGUAGAAAAGUUGUGAAAACAAAAUUAAUUUGUAAAUGUUUUCAUAUCUAGUUCCAAUAGUUUACAUAUAAACACUCUAAAAUGUUAUAUGGGGGUUCCCUGAAGUCUACUGAUUGCAAUGAUAUUUAAUUCAUUACAUGACCAAAAGUAUGUGGACCCCUGCUCGUCAAACAUCUCAUUCCAAAAUCAUGGGCAUUAAUAUGGAGUUGGUCCCCCCUUUGCUGCUAUAACAGCCUCCACUCUUCUGGGAAGGCUUUCCACUAGAUGUUGGAACAUUGCUGCAGGGACAUUCAGCCACAAGAGCAUUAGUGAGGUCGGGCACUGAUGUUGGGCGAUUAGGCCUGGUUUGCAGUCGGCGUUCCAAUUCAUCCCAAAGGUGUUCGAUGGGUUUGAGGUCAGGGCUCUGUGCAGGUCAGUCAAGUUCUUCCACACCGAUCUCGACAAACCAUUUCUGUAUAGACAUCGCUUUGUGCACGGGGGCAUUGUCAUGCUGAAACAGAAAAGGGCCUUCCACAAACUGUUGCCACAAAGUUGGAAGCACAGAAUCGUCUAGAAUGUCAUUGUAUGCUGUAGGGUUAAGAUUUCCCUUCACUGGAACUAAGGGGCCUAGCCCGAACCAUGAAAAACAGCCCCAGACCAUUAUUCCUCAUCCACCAAACUUUACAGUUGGCACUAUGCCUUUGGGCAGGUAGCAUUCUCCUGGCAUCCGCCAAACCCUGAUUCGUCUGUCGGACUACCAGAUGCUGAAGCGUGAUUCAUCACUCCAGAGAAUGCGUUUCCACUGCUCCAGAGUCCAAUGGUGGUGAGCUUUACACCACUCCAGCUGAUGCUUGGCAUUGUGCAUGAUGACCUCAGGCUUGUGUGCGGCUGCUCAGCCAUGGAGACCCAUUUCAUGAAGCUCCCGACUAACAGUUAUUGUGCUUACGUUGCUUCCAGAGCCAGUUUGGAACUCGGUAGCUAGUGAUGCAACCGAGGACAGACGAUUUUUAUGCGCUAAACGCUUCAGCACUCGGUGGUCCCAUUUUGUGAGCUUGUGUGGCCUACCACUUCGCGGCUGAACCAUGUUGCUCCUAGAAGUUUCCACUUCACAAUAACAGCACUUACAGUUGACCGGGACAGCUUUAGCAGGGCAUACAUUUGACGAACGGAUUUGUUGGAAAUGUGGCAUCCUAUGACGGUGCCACAUUGAAUAAAGAUGUCUAGCUAUAGUGUCAUUGCAGAUUUAACCUGUUACACUCAGUGGUGUAGUGCAAUUUUUUUGGGUUCUAGAGCGCAAAAUAAAUAAACAAAUGACAUCAUAAUUUCUCAAUCAAUGUUUGCACCGUAGCCUACUGAAUAAUAUUAUUUUAUAUGCAGAAAAUGCAUCAUCCAAAUGCAAUUCCUGCCUAUGCCUACCCACAUUGACAAAUACAUUUUUGUAUUUUUUAAUACCCUCAAACACCAAAUUAGGCCAUAUCUACAUAAAUAAUUUGGUACAUACAGCCCAAUUAUGGUUUUAAAUGUUUGAGGGGGUCUGGAGAACACAAUAAGUAUGCCAUAUAUAUGUAUAUUUUAAAUAUCUUGUAGAAAAGUGGUGAAAAAGUGCCCCGAAAUUUUUUUAACAUACUUUCAUCCUCAUUUUCAGUAUUUUACAUUUAAAUACUUCAAACUGUCAAAUGAGUGUUCCCUAAAGUCUCCUGACUGCAAUGACAGAUAAUAUGAUAUUCUGUAAUGUGUCAAUAAAUAAAUAAAAAUUACAAGAAAACAUCACUCUACUUACUUCCCUGUACUUAGAAUGUUGAAAAUGGAACCAUGGACAUAUGGCCAUUCCAAUAGAACUGUGUUUUUGAAUGGGAUGUAUGGUUGAUACUAAGGCUUUGAUUACUUAUUAUGCAAGCACUGUUUUGUCACAUGUUAUAUAUCAUUAUAAUCCACAGAUAUUUUGAAAACAUUAGCAGCAUGCUGAAAUGUGAUCCUCUCAAUCGAGGGAUCAAACUAUUUUAAAAAAUCUGUGAUUUGGACAGCAUUUUUUGACAUUUUUUGUAAUGUUUUCAAAAAUGUAUUUUUUUUUUUUUUUUUUUUACAUUAUCCAUUUGAUGGUAUUUUCCACACUAUCUUGAACAUUUUAAGCCAUCAUUAGGCUUGAAGACAUUGUUACAGGUUUUGGUUUUUCUAUUUAUGUUUUGAGGUUAGACUUUUAGCACGCUAGCACGUAGGGUGCACCGAUUGGUGUCACCUCGUUAGGCAGUAUGUGUUACACCUGUGCUGGUUUACCAUCUCAUUAGUGGGAAGGUGUUUCACCUGUGCUGGCCCAGGUGCUAUUUAAGAGUGGCUGGCCCAGUGCUCCAGUUGUCGUGAGAGACGUGGAGGAUCAACACCUUUAGAUUUGAUUUCUAGAAAAAACAUUCCUUAGUCUGAUUUCGUUUUAAUCCACCUUUUUGGUUUGCUUCCUGUCUUUAAGUUUUGUGUGGGUUUUUCUUUUGUUUCCCUCUUCUUGGGCAAAUUUAGUCAUGGUGGGUGUCUUUUAGGUUCCAGUAGUUGUUGCGAGUCAACUUUCAGUGGACAUAAUCAGAAUUAUUGUCUAUAUCAUCUGUGGGUACAUAACAUUAAAGUCAUUUUGAUAUUGUUUGAAAUUAUUUUACCCUAUUUACUUCUAACAGGAAGUCCGAAUGGCAGCCAUUUUAUUAAAAUGGCAGCCCUGGUUGACUGACAGGCUUCCAAGACUGCCUCCAAUCUUUAAAAUGUUCCUUAAGGUAUCUAAUAUUAGUGUACCAAGUUUGAUACUUUUAUCAUAAAGUGCACGAUUAUUUCACCUAUCAACUGGACUAUAAGGGAAGCAUUCUGCCAGCCUCUAACUUCUUUCUCAUUUCAUGCAGUCAAAGAACAUCUGAUGGCAUUAGAUGAGAUGUGACCGCUUUGUUUUGGCCUAUUUUGCAAAUGCAAAAUCAAGGAAGUCUGCCAGGAACCUCUGACCCAGAUAAGCAGAUUGAAAUAGGGAGCAUGCUCAGUUGAGAUAUCGCUGCUCGAGGGCUUUAUUGCGCCCUCGGUUUGAGUUCAAAGUACCCGCCACAGAGAACAAAACAGAGGCAGAACCGAAAACAUCUCUAUCGGAUCGAUCUCUGUUACUUGUGUGUUCAAAAAAUAACAUUGUACUCACAUAUUAUCCUGAAGAUUGCAAUAAAGUUCUCUUUGUGCUCUCUAGAAUUCCUCCACUGUUUGAGCCCCAAACGCGGGGCAACCACAGCACCACUUUCUCACCUAACCAGCAUAUUGCAAUCUUUAAAAAAAAUUAGCUCCGGUGCAACAGUAGACAGUGGAUAAGUGCAUAGUGCCGAGUAAGGGACUCUCCUGUAUUGAACCAGAAACACCCCAUCUGCAACAGAGUAGGCUUUGGCACCCAAUUGCGUACAUAAAGCAAGCUUAUAUGAUCACAGGUCUAGUGAUAUACUGUAUAGUGAAAUAUGUUAUGCAACCCACAAAUCUGCCAUAAACAACUUCAUGCAAUAGCAUAGCCUACGGUUUGAUUUGGGGACAAAGUGCCCAGAAUAGGCUACCUAGUUUGCGCAAAACAUCUUGCACCAUCAUCUUGCAUUGAGUGAGUCUUCCUAAAAAUAUAUUGAAAUUUUGUGGAAGGAAAUGUUUUUGCGGCCAUUGAAAUAAAUUGACACAUUUUACUGAUUAACAUUUAGAAUAAAUAUAAUUGAUCUGUCACCUAGCUGCCCCAAGAGUAACAUAUGACCGCUAAACCAUUAGGCCAUUGGAAACAAUAGUGAUUUGUAAUUUUGUUGUGAACUAUUGCAUAUAAUAUAAUAAUAUGCCAUUUAGCAGACGCUUUUAUCCAUAAUUUUUUUUGUGUGUGUGUAUGGGUGGUCCCGGGAAUCGAACCCACUACCCUGGCGUUACAAGCGCCGUGCUCUACCAUAACAACAAUUAUUAAUUUUUACAAGUAGCCUAUUUACACUAAUUCUCACUAGCCUAGUUUUAAUAGCCCCUUGGAAUGUAUGUGCAUCAAAUUCCACUGUUUUGGGUACAGACAUUAGUUAUUGCCUCAAAUCGUGCUGGAUCUGAACAGGUCUCGCACAUUUAUUGCAGAGCUCUGAUCAGCGUUGCCCCCCUCAUUAGGAAACUCCUAAUAAGGGCAAGGAAGUGGAAACUCACCGGAACUGGUCCGUGUGAAGGCACGACCUUAUAUGGCAUGUCGUAGCUGGGGUUUCCGGCAAUGGCGGUGCGCUGCAAAGAUAGGAAGUGUGCAUUUACUCCGAAAACCACGGCAAAACAGCAGCGACCGUCGUGUAUUUCUAUAGGAAAACUAUUUUUGUUAUAAUAUACACCGUGUGAAAUCUCUGAAUAUUGCAGAAUAUGUUGAUAAACAGUCUCCCGCCCUCCCCAUUUACUCCGACAAGCCUUCCGUGUCCUCAACUGCUUGCCUAAAUAUGGUCUUCCUCCUGUCCUAAUUUGGACAUCUACGUCACGGCAAGAGGCUUUAUAAAGCAGUGGGAAUCCUCAGCCUGGCGAAACAGCACUCGGAGCAAAACAGAGCUCAUUUCAGUACAGAGCAGGAAGCCCCAUAGUACGCUAGCGAAAUUAUUCUAACCAAACACGUGAACUAAAAUAGAAAAAGUUAAUCAAAAGGGAAAACACAACAACUACACAUUUAUUGAUUACAAGUCGGGAUUACCAGAAGAAAAAAUAAUGUUUUCAUUCCUAUACUUAUGGGAAUGAAUUAACCACAACAUCGUUUUUUUAAAGACUGGGAUCUUUUGCGAAGUUGAAUGCAGCAAAGUCUUGCAGAUCUUUCAGCAUUGGAUUCCUCAGACCAUCCUACUCAACAAGAGCAGCAGCAGGAUCAUCAGCUGGCUGGUAACCUCUCACCUGAGACAAAAAGCUGCAGUGUCAGCAGCGUCUCCACCUCCUCUGUUUCUCCAGACAGCCAGAGCACCGGCAGCACAGCACCAUGGCUGCAGCCAAGACAGAGAUGCUCCCCUCAGCCCUGCAGAUCUCAGACCAACUGGGCUUCCCCUACUCUCCCAUGGACAGCUACCCCAAGCUGGAGGAGAUGAUGUUGCUCCACUCAGCAGGGACCCCCUUCCUGGCUGCCUCUGCGCCAGAGGGUGUAGGCUUUGGGACCGGGGAGCCAGGAGACUCGUACAACCACCUGACUGGAGGUAGGGGCUGCUCCAACUCCUAACUCUUUAUGCUUUUAUACAUCAUACACAUUCAGAAAUAUGCAUGGGAAUGUGCAUAAUCAAUGGUGUUGCAUUUCAGUUCUGACAUAGGCUGCAGUCUAUGCAAAAAAUAGGAAUACGCUAAGAGGUUUUGAUAAAUAGCUUUACAAAAUAAUAAUAAUAAUAAUAAUUACUAUUAUAGUGCAUAGAGCUAUACCAGUAUUUGUCUUUUUUGAUGAUUUAAAUUAUCUUGUACUGCGUCAGCACUUGCUCCUAGUAACUUGAUGUAUUUUGUAUGAGCCAGUUGGAUUGUCCUGUGCUUAUAUACGGCAGCUGUUUAACGCUCACUGUGUGUUGUUCUUUCAGAUGCAUUGCAUGACAUCUCUAUCGGCUGUGACAAGUCUCUAAUGGACCAGACCUACUCAACCCCUCGCCUUCCCUCCAUCUCCUACACAGGGAGGUUCACCCUGGAGCCUGCAAACAGCUGCAGCAACAGCCUGUGGGCAGAGCCAUUAUACAGCCUGGUCAGUGGGCUGAUGGGCAUGUCCCAACCGCCCACCUCAGCUGCCCCAUGCUCCUCUGCUGCUCCGGUCAGCUCCUCCUCCAACACCAUGAGCUGGCCCGGCCAAAUCGGCGACACCAGCCCCACCUACUGCAGCGUCAGCCCUGACCUCUUCCCUGACUCUAACCAGUCCUUCCCCAGUCCCUCAAACAGCUCAGUCCAAUACCCACCACCCUCCUACCCCAGCAGCAAGACAUGCUCCUCCAACAUGACUCUGCCCAUGAUACCAGACUACCUGUUUCCCUCAGCAGCAGGGUGAGAUCAGCUUGCUGCCCCCUGACCAGAAGCCUUUCCAGUGUCAGAGCAUCCAGCAGCAGCUCUCCCUCACGCCCCUGUCCACCAUCAAGGCUUUCGCCACACAGACUGGUUCUCAGGACCUGAAGGGCUCCUACCAGUCUCAGCUGGUCAAGCCUGGUUCUCAGGACCUGAAGGGCUCCUACCAGUCUCAGCAGGUCAAGCCUGGUUCUCAGGACCUGAAGGGCUCCUACCAGUCUCAGCAGGUGAAGCCCAGCCGCAUGCGCAAGUACCCCAACCGCCAGUGCAAGACUCCGCCUCACAAGCGACUCUACCCCUGCCCCUUGGAGACGUGCGACAGCCGUUUCUCCCGUUCAGACGAGCUGACACGCCACAUUCGCAUCCACACGGGCCAGAAGCCCUACCAGUGCCGCAUCUGCAUGCGCAACUUCAGCCGCAGCGACCACCUGACCACGCACAUCCGCACGCACACCGGCGAGAAGCCCUUCGCCUGCGAAAUCUGCGGCCGCAAGUUUGCCCGCAGCGAUGAGCGCAAACGGCACACCAGGAUCCACCUGAGGGAGAAGGGCAGGAAGGUGGAGGAGGCGGGGUCCGCCCCCAUGGCCAUCCCUUCCCCAGUCUCAGGGUACUCCUCCCCCUCCACAUCAUACCCCUCUCCCAGCUCCUGCAUACUCCUCCCCAGUGCCCUCCUGCUACUCCUCCCCAGUGCACAGCUCCUAUGGCUCCCCAUCGGUCAACACCAUGUUCUCCUCAGUCUCCAGUACAUUUCAGACGCAGGUGUCCACCUCGUACGGCUCCUCCACAAACAUUUACAGCUCCCCAGUGGGCACUCCUCAGUCAGACCUGCAGUCCACCCUCUCUCCAUAG